GGUUGUACCCCGAAGGUCACACUGGAUUGGCUGCUGGCGGGGGGCUGCAUCCCUCCUUCCCCCCCCAGUCUGUGCAUAGCCUCGCUGGGCAGCCCCUGUGUUCCUUUGCGCAAUUCCAGAGCCGGCGGCUCCCUUCUCCCCGUGUAAACCCCCGCUCCGCUGCCAGGUUUUAUUAUGCUACGAACAUUCAGAAACCCAACUGGUAAAUGUGGGGUCCACCUUUUAAAGUGCCGUCACCAUCAUAAACCUGUACUGGCAAUCAGGAGGGAAGACAUUAGUGCUUGGGAAAGAAGAGCACCUCUAGCACCAAAGCAUGUUAAGGAGCUAACAAAUUUGGGAUACAAAGUCUUAGUACAGCCAUCAAACCGGAGAGCCAUCCAUGAAAAGGAAUAUAUAAAAGCAGGUGGCAUUAUUCAGGAAGAUAUUUCUGAGGCAUCUCUAAUUGCGGGAGUGAAGAGACCUCCAGAGGAUAAAUUAAUUCCCAAGAAGAACUAUGCAUUCUUCUCUCACACUAUUAAAGCCCAAGAGGCAAACAUGUCUCUAUUGGAUGAAAUUCUAAGACAGGAAAUUCGAUUGAUUGACUAUGAGAAAAUGGUUGAUCACAGAGGAAUACGAGUGGUAGCCUUCGGACAGUGGGCUGGUGUAGCAGGAAUGAUCAAUAUUUUACAUGGAAUGGGAUUACGAUUUCUUGCCCUGGGACAUCACACUCCUUUCAUGCACAUUGGUAUGGCUCAUAACUACAGGAACAGCAGCCAGGCUGUGCAGGCAGUGCGGGAUGCUGGCUAUGAAAUCUCUCUGGGUUUGAUGCCAAAGUCGAUUGGACCCUUAACAUUUGUGUUUACAGGCACUGGUAACGUUUCUAAGGGUGCCCAAGAAGUGUUCAAUGAACUCCCUUGUGAAUUUGUGGAGCCACAUGAACUGAGGGAGGUUUCCAAAUCUGGAGACCUUAGGAAAGUAUAUGGGACAGUGUUAAGUCGUCACCAUCAUCUUGUAAGGAAGACCGAUGGGGUGUAUGAUCCGGAGGAAUACGACAAACGUCCAGAACUCUACACUUCUCGUUUUAAUACUGAUAUUGCACCGUACACUACUUGUUUGAUUAAUGGAAUAUACUGGGAGCAACAUACACCUCGCUUGUUAAAUCGACAUGAUGCAAAAAAGUUGCUGGCUCCGAUUAAACCUUCUGCUGCUGCAACUGAGGGUUGUCCAGAAUUACCACACAAACUUAUGGCAAUAUGUGACAUUUCAGCAGACACUGGAGGAUCCAUAGAAUUUAUGACAGAGUGUACAACAAUUGACAGUCCAUUUUGUAUGUAUGACGCUGACCAGCAUAUUAUUCAUGGCAGCGUGGAAGGCUUUGGGAUUCUGAUGUGUUCCAUUGACAACUUACCAGCACAGCUUCCUAUAGAAGCAACAGAAUACUUUGGAGACAUGCUCUUCGCUUAUGUUGAAGAGAUGCUGUUAUCUGAUGGCUCACAGCCUCUUGAAAGCCAGAAUUAUUCACCUGUUGUACGAGAUGCAGUGAUUGCGUCCAAUGGUUCAUUGACUGAUAAGUAUAAAUAUAUCCAGAAAUUGAGGGAAAGCAGGGAAUACUCACGGUCACUGACCAAGGAUAAGAAGAGGGUCUUGUUACUUGGAUCUGGCUAUGUUUCUGGCCCUGUGAUAGAAUACCUCACUAGAGAUCCCAAUGUAGAAAUCACAGCAGCAUCCAUCAUGAAGGAGCAACUUGGCCAGCUGACCAAGAAAUACAACAAUGUUACUUCUGUUCAUGUGGAUAUCAUUAAGCAGGAGGAUAAACUGUCCUCCUUGGUGAAGAAACACGACCUUGUGAUCAGCUUGCUGCCUUACUCAGCACAUCCUUUAGUUGCUAAGAAGUGCAUUGACAGCAAAGUAAACUUAGUGACAGCCAGCUACCUAACACCAGCUAUGAAAGAACUCCAAGAAAGUGUAGAAGCUGCUGGUAUUACGGUUGUCGGUGAAAUAGGUUUGGAUCCUGGCCUCGAUCAUAUGUUGGCGAUGGACUGUAUUGAUAAGGCGAAAGAUGUAGGCGCUACGGUUAUAUCAUACACUUCCUUCUGCGGUGGCCUGCCAGCUCCUGAAUAUUCUGAUAAUCCUCUGCGAUACAAAUUCAGUUGGAGUCCACAGGGUGUUCUGUUGAAUACAGUUCAAUCUGCCACAUAUUUAAAAGAUGGAGAGAUUGUUAAUAUUCCAGCUGGAGGAGCUUUGCUUGAUUCUGUUGCUGUCAUGGAUUUUUUCCCAGGAUUAAAUUUGGAAGGUUUUCCCAACAGGGACAGUACAAAAUAUGCUGAACCAUAUGGUAUUCAGUCAGCCCACACCUUGAUAAGAGGCACCUUAAGGUAUAAGGGGUAUUCGAAAGCUGUGGGAGGCUUUGUAAAAUUAGGUUUAAUAAACCCAGAUCCAUAUCCUUUGCUUAGCUCAACGGCACCACCUAUAACCUGGAAAGAGCUGAUGUGUAAGCUGCUUGGACUCAAACCUUCUGCCGAAUCUGAUGUCCUGAGAGACGCAAUCUGCAGCAAACUGGAACAGGACAACAGUCAGCUGGAAGCAGUGGAAUGGUUAGGGUUACUUGGAGAUGAGCCAGUUCCUAAAGCAGACUCCAUUGUGGGGGCUCUUGCCAAGCACAUGGAGCUGAAGCUGCCCUUUGGUGCUGGAGAACGAGAUAUGAUCAUUAUGAGAAAUGAAAUAGGUAUCAGGCACCCAUCUGGCCAUUUGGAAGAUAAAUUCAUCAGUCUGGUUGUGUAUGGUGAUGAUAAAGGAUUUUCUUCAAUGGCUAAAACUGUAGGGUACCCCACAGCUAUUGCUGCUAGGAUGGUUCUAGAUGGUGAAAUUGAUGCCAAAGGUAUGGUAAUUCCACUGAGGAAGAAUAUCUAUGCACCAAUACUUGAGCGCAUUAGAGCAGAAGGCAUUGUAUGUAGCACCCAAAGCAUUAUCAGACAAUAACUGACAACAAGAGAUUGAGCUUGAUUUUUUUUUUUUUGUUUUUUGUUAAAGGAUCUCAAUUUUGGCUUCCCAUUUUAUGUACACAAUUGUGGGCCCACUACUGAGCAUGCCUACAGAUUGCAGCACAAAUGAUGCCCUUUGUAAAAUUAUCUACCUGCAUUUAUGUGGGCCUAAUGAAUAUUUAGAUGUAUAAAUGGUAUCACUUUUCCCUUCCAAACUGAGGGGGCUGUUCAGUAAACUAAUUGGCUCUGCCCAGGAUAAACAGGUCGCAUCAUAAAGUGCCCAAAGCCUUUUGCCAUCAACAUAGCUUACAAUGCAUUAUUACACUGUAUAAUACACUAAUGAUGUAUUAGUAGUAUACACUUUGCUAAUAAAAGAAGAUAUCUAAGGAGAUUUUAAACACGGUGUAUAUUUUUAGAACAUGAGAGCAUGUUAUUGGCAGAAGCAUGGAACUCUAUUGUAGGAAAAAUCUCAGGGUUAGGCCCACAAAAGGAUUUAGAGCCAUAACUGCCACUUUAGGUGCCUAAAUCAAAAAUUUAGAUCCUCUGAUCGCCAAGCAGCUGCCACCUAACUCUGUACAUGCCAAAAAUCCCAUGGCACAUAAAUUGCUUUUGGUAAAGUUCCCAUGGUGCCUAAAAAUGUGUCUGAAUAUGCAAAUAGCUGCCUUAGUCUAGGUGUCCCAGUGCGACUGGGGCUUAGGCAUGAGCUAGGCAUUUUCCACCUGUUUCUCCUGCAAUAAGAGUCCCAAUAUGGUAGCUGUUCUCAGAAGCACAUUCUCUCUGGCCUGAUGAAGAUUUAUUUAUACUCAAUGGAACAGCUUCAACAGGAGCAGGGGUGUGCACAAGGCCCGGCAAGCGGGGGCAUGGGCCCCCCAAUCAGCAGGGGCACAGAACUCCUCCAGCACCAGGGCUGCGGUGGCGGGGAGAGCCAGCUGCUUUAGGCAGGAGAGCAAGCUCCUGCUGGAGCUGGGAUGAGGGCGGGAGAGAGGAAAAAACGAGCCGGGGGGGUGGGGAGGGGAAGGAAAUGGGGAGCCGGAGCUGGCGGGGGGGUAGGGGGGAAGAGACCAGUGAGCUCCUGCCAGGGUGGUGGGUGGGGGGGGGGGGCACAGGAGGUUAUAAGAAAGGAACAGCUCCUCCUCCGUUUUUGCUUGCCGCAGGAAAGGGCUUAGGUAUCUAACUCUAGGAAAGGGAUCGUGCCUGUGAAUUCUAAACUGAGAGAGGUGCCUGGAGUUAGCCACCUAACUUUCUUUGAGGGGUAGGAGUUGAACUAUACCCCCCUCAUCAUCGUUUCCUAUUGGCUAACUUACAUGACUCCCCACUCAGCAUGCUGGCUUUUGUGGAUUCCAUUCUUAGGCACCUAACCCUCCCCAUGCAUUGUAUAGGGAGCAUGGGUACAUAACUUAGCUAUGGAAGUCACUAGGUAGCCGGGUGCCUAAAAUGUUAAGCACUGUGAUGCUUAACAUUUAAAUCCCCUUUGUGGACCUAGCCCUUAAGUGUAUAUUAAUAUGACAGAAGUAAGUCUGGUUAAUGAGUUCCAACCAACCAACUUUAAACAUCGUCUUGGUCUAAGUCGUUGACAAAUUUAUACCAAAGUCAUUACCAGAAGCAGAACUAAAUACUGAAUUUGCAUCUUGUUACCAAGAAAAUGUUGAUCAUGUAAAAUAAAUGAAUAAUAUUUUUGUACAUCUCAGGGUAAUAUGAAAGCAAUUAUAAUUUCAGAAAGUCUAGCUCGCUAGCGCAUUCAAUCAUGUGAAAUCUUGAAAUGUCAGUCUUUAAAUAUAAAAUCUGCAUUUUCAUAUCUGCCAGAUCUGUGCCUCUUGGAGAACGGAAUAAAUAUACAGGUUAAUAGAGUGCUUUAAAAAAACAAACAAAAAAACCCACACCAAAACCCAUGUUUCUAGUUACUGAAUAGAAGCUUAUUAUACAGUGCAUUAAUAACUAUAACAUAUAUUGCUUUUUUUUUUUUUACUUUCUUUCCAGUUAAAGGGCAUGCAAUGGCAUAUAAAAGUACUCUAUGCUUGGGAUUAGCAAGGGCAUUUAGGUUGUAAAUAUAGUGCAGUUAAAAUGUCAUUUGGAGAAAAAGUCUUGGUCUGUUUACUUUUGAAUUACUCUUUCCACUUGGCCUAGCAGAAUAAUGUAAUUACAAGUGUAAAAGAAAUUAGACUCUGUGGUGCGCAAGGCCUUAAGAUAUUAUAGGCAGAGAAGUGUAAAUCCAGGAUGUACUAAUGUUUUUACACUGGUCUGUGAGUGCGUUCUCCUUCCUCUCUGCCUUGUCCUAGAACACAUUGUGAAAACAUUCAUUCAAUACGUUAAUCAGUUAGUACUUCCACAGAGCAGUGUCUGGCCUGUAAAACUGUCCUUUCUUCUUGUAAUACUGACCAUUGAUUCUAGAAGUCUGCCUGCUUUCCUUCUUGGUUCUUCCCCACUGCACCCUUCUCCCUAGUUUACUAUGUCACAGCCCUGAGAGGCUGGGCUACCAGAGGGAAUUUUUGGUUUUGUCAGCUUGUUCAAUAGUAGGAAUCAGCUGCAAGCAUAGAUGAAGUUCAUGAUUAGAGGUAAAAAUAAACUAUUUUCACAGGAGUUAGAUGUACUAGGUGCAGUAUUUAAUAAGAUGAUGGUUGGCACAAAGCUGAGGAUGGAAGGUGGUAGAGGAAGGAAGCAGAAAGUUAGGGAUGGUAGAAAAAGUCCAAGGGUUAAAUAGAGAGGUGUCUAGGGAGGGAUUUAGUAGUGGAACUACUUCAUGAUCCCAACUCUUGAUUCUAUUAGGUUCUAUUAGAUGAUCAGGAUAAAUGGAUGAAAUCCUGACCCCAUGAAGGCAAUGGGAAAACUCCCAUUGGCUUCAACAGGACUGGGAUUUCACCCAAGAACUUUAUCUAGAACCCCCCGCACUCAAUAAACUGUGCAUUCAUUUCCCCCCAUGACAGAAAGCAAGUGCACUAAGAAAAUGGGGUUUGACUUUUUGUUUUUAUUUUUUUAAAUACUGAUUUCUGAGCAGGAGAGGAGGAACCACUCUGGUGUUUCCUUCAAGAACUACCUCUGCUCCCUUUGAAGGGAUAUGAGAGAAGGUAUUGCUGUUUCCCAGCACUUGGGUUGUGUCUGUUCUGCUAGGCCAUUUUUUGAAACCCAAAAGCCACUGAAACUUUCUUUCUGAAGACUGUAGACUUGCCUUUAAAGUAAUAGGGAGAGUGCUGAAAUUUGUAUCAGCUGAUGCAUAGCACUUAAAGAAAAAAUUCUGGAUUUAAACAAACCACUUUGUGUGGAGUGAACAUAGCUUUUUGCUUUUUAAAUAUGGGGACUUCUGAUGUUGGAUUAUUUUGUAUACAACAUGGAUUUCUACAUGUAGAAUUGAUAGCUGUCCAGGGCUUCUCUUGUGAAGUUUUCAAUACACAAUAAAUGUCUUUUGAAGCUGA